UUCGGUGUUUUCCCGAAAGUGCUUUGUGGACCUGUAACCUUUCCCUUGAUCUGAAGCCGAUCUCGCCAGCAAUUAGGAAGUUGUCUGGGCUGCGUUGACGUUUUCUGUUUCCUGCCAAAGGAAAGGAGAGCCGGAGCGUGUGAGCCCCGCUUUGCCUCGUUUCUUUCUUUCUGUUUCCCCCGAAGCGGAUCCUUUCUGCCCCCGCUGUCAUGUCCAACAGCAGCGCAAACGGCACCCUGCUCAUGGCGCAGAAAGCCGUCAAGCAGCUGCGUUUCGAGGCCAGCAUGUCCAGGAUCAAGGUCUCACAGGCCGCCUCGGACCUGAAGGGCUUCUGUCUGCAGAAUGCACACAGGGACCCCCUCCUGAUGGGGGUGUCAUCCAGUGACAACCCCUUCAGACCCCCCAAGUCUUGCAGCCUCUUCUGA